AUGAUUUCAAAGAGAAUGAGGCUGAACAGGUGGAAGUUAAGCCACACGCUGAGGGGGUCCGACCACAGAGACCCCCCCUGGAGGAUUAACCUGGACCCACAUGUCCUCACAGCAGCCGACCACAAACAGAGACGGGCUCAGAGGGCGUCCCUGUCCCGUCACCAGGGGCUAGAACCACAGACAAUCUGCAAAGUCCAAGACACAUCCGUCACCUCCAUCACAUCCCUGACCUCCGUCUCCUCCGUCUCUUACUGUAUGUCCCCUCCGUCACCUCCGUAA